GAAGGCCGGUUGCGGCAUUCUACUUUCGGAUUCGGUGUCGACAUAGUCAGCAAAAGAGAAGUUGCUGCGAGCCUCGGCGAACGUGCUCGGGCUCGUCGGCGGCGUUCACGUCGUUCAGAAGGGUGGCGGGAGGGAGGCCACCUUGGGAGGCGACGAGAAGCCAAGGACGGCUGCACAGAUUAAAAAGCCCAUAUUAAGAACUCACCCUCAGUGUUUCAUCUUUGGACUGCGCCUGAAGGCAACAUCCAACCUACGUGUAGUCUUGGAUGACGGAUUAUGUUUUACGACGGUUGAAACUGGUCGCAUUCGGUUAAAAAAAAAGGCAAUAACACCACCGAAAGCGGAAGAUGAAUGUCAGCGCCAAGUUUGAAGAACAUAUGAACAUCGAACCUUUCUAUGACCCGAUUAAAAACCCGUGGCAGAUUAGAUCAUCCUGAAUCAAGCCAAUCAGGACUCUCUUAAAGCAAAUCAAAAUGUUGCGAUGGUUGCUUAUUCUGUUUUUGACAUUGUCCCCAAUGACUUGGUUUGUUCAAAGUUUUCAAUAAACUUCCUGUAACCGGGUCAAGAUUUUAUCCUUUGGGUUUUUUUUACCUGGCAAUUCGAGAAACUGCAGGGCCACACUAUCAUUUAACUUUCAUAGUAAGGUGGGGGCCACAAAAUAUCAUCUUGGGGGCCGCAAGUUUGAGACCACUGCUGUACAGCCUGCCAUCGCCGGCGAGAACUGUCCCGGGUACUGAACGGGCCGAGGCCCCUCCUGCGGCCCAACCGAGUGGCGGCCAUGUUGCACUCACCUCACACCAGCAUCAAAGUAGACGAGGAGACGCCGCUCAACAUGGUGCCCGGAUCGGCGGAACCGCAGCAAGGCCUCGCGACGACGGCGGCGUGCUGCGGCGACAAGCAUCACAGGAGGUUGACCAUCUGCAGCAUCAUCUGCGGCAUCUCCUGCAUCGGCAUCAAAGCGCUCAUCGACUCAGUCAAGGCAGAGGUGGAGCCGGACCGAGAGGCGUCCGCCAGGUUUUCGCGACGCGCCAAAAGGCUGGCCAUCAUCUCCAUCGUCACGUGGCUCGCCAUCCUGGCUCUGACGCCCAUGCUCAUGGCGCUUUUCUCGUACGUGGUGACGCUACGAGACUGAGGCGGCCCGUGGGGCGGGGCGCUGACCGGAAGCACGACUCCUACGGGACACCCUUGAAUGCUGAUAUUUAUUUUCCACAACAGAGACACUUGUAAAUCUUUAUGUAUAAAACCAACAUUUAUAAUCGUUGACACGUUAAUAUUCAACAUCCAAGCUUGGAGGAAAGUCCAUAAGUUAGCUACCAUGGUAACAAAACAAACAAACAAAAAAAGUGGCAGUAUUGCAUUCUUGCAAUCUUCAAUGCUUGUUGUGCUUUUUCAUAAAGAUUUUGAUGUGACAAACGCUUUUAAAAAAUGGAUGCUUGGAUACAAAACUAAUACUGAGGAUAUGUUUAAGGCCGCCUCGUUCAACUGGGCAACAACACACAAAAACAACUGUGAUGCGAUUAAGUUGCAAAGUAAUAAAUACGAGCUGCCAUUGCUGUUGU